CCGAAAUGUUAUUCAGGUGCCAUAACAGGUGUGUUUUAGUAUUUAUGUGUGACAGGGAGAGGUGACAAUACUGUCUUGACUGUGGAGAGCGGGAGGAGACAUACAGAGACAGGAGCCGAGUCUGUAUUGUAGCUACCUCUCUGGAGAUAUAAACUCUGAUCUAUAGAGCCUGUGGAUUCGCUGUAGCCUGGUGCAGAGGCCUGAGACUGAGACCCAUCCAUCUCCAUUCUGUUUCUGAAAUCACAGGCAGAAAAAAAUGGCCCAUGGAACGAACCAGGAUGAGAGACCCUCAGAACAGGGCGAAGAGAUGGGAGAGGAGACCUUCCUCAAAGACCUCCAUCUGUACAUGAAGAAGAGAAAUACACCCAUAGAGAAAAUACCACACCUGGGCUUCAAACAGAUCGGUCUGUUCAUGAUGUACACGACUGUGAAAAGCUUGGGUGGCUACCACCAGGUGACGGCCCAGCAGAUGUGGAAGCAAGUAUACAACACCCUGGGAGGAAACCCCAGAAGUACCAGUGCAGCCACCUGCACGCGUAGACACUACGAGAAGCUGCUUCUGCCGUAUGAGUGUCAUGUAAGAGGAGAAGACUACAUGGAGGUACUGCCACAAUGCCAGCAGAAGCGUUUACAUUACAGUAGGCUCAGUGAGCAGGACGAGUGCCCCAGGACAGCCAAGCGUAGCAUGACUUACGGAGCUCUACAGACAUCCCUGCACCAGAAGCCCCAUAACUAUCUGACAGACUCCAGAGUGAGGAUCAUCCCUAUGCCUGUGCACUACAGUCAGUACUACCACCACCCUGUCCACCCCGUCCACCCAGAUCUGCUCCCCUAUGUCCACCCACCUCUGACCCCCAGCAGCCUCCCCUCCCCUCAAGGACAGACAGAGAGGGCCAAGCAGCCUCUGGAGCACCUACGCUCCCUGGCCAACCAGUACAAGGACUCCUCAGGCUGGACUGAGCCACUCAACCUCAGUCACAAGAAGGCUGGUCAGGAGUCAGGCGGUCACCCUGCUUCAUCCUUCGCCCCUCCUCCCUCCAACAUCUCCCCAAGGUUCUUGAAUACGGUCUCACCUCUGUACCCCGCCAAGGGGCUGGUUAAAGAUGAGGGCAGUGAGACGCCGGAGGGAGAGGUGCCCCUGGGGAAAACCCACCUCUACCCCUUAGCGACCAGAGACGACUACUCCCGCAGCCCGACCUCAGCCUCCAGCCCAGGCAUGAAGAAAGACUCCCCCGUCUCCUCUCCGCUGCAGAGUUGCAAGGAUAGUGCCCCCUCCAUGAUUCCCGUCCCCAAACUCCAGAAGAGGGAGUACCCAGAUUGGCCCAGGGGGGAGUGGAGAGGGGAAAGCCCCAAGCACAGUCCAGGGCCUCUCAAUUGUAGUCACGCUCUGUGCAGUACUCCCAGAGGGACAGAGGGAAGGAUGGAGAUCCAGAUCCCGCUGGCGAUGCUCCAUGACUGGGUAAAAGGAGUUCUGCUGUGUGGGCCUGCUGGCACCCGGCCUGGGGAUCUAUCGCUGCAGGAUCCAACCAUGGGCCAGACCCCAGGCUCAGAGCCCAGGGAGAGGGAAAGGGCACAGGCCUGGUCUGACACCUCUCCCACCAUUGCUACACAUGCUGACCAGGUCUUCCACAACCAUCACAAAGACCAGGACAGGGGUUCUGGGGAUCUGAGAGAGAGGAGUCUGGAGAGGCACAGGAACCUGCCUAGGCCCACCACCACCACCUCCCCUAGUACCAGUCACUGCCGCCCCAUGGCGCCCUACCAGUUCUCCAGCUACAAGCCUCGGCCAUCAGGGAGCAUUCCCUUAAAAAUCUACCCCAGCAGCCAGGCUCUGGAGCAGGAUAGUGUACGCCACACAUCCCCGGGCUAUUGUCCAGGCACAUCACUGGGAAGGGUGGAGAACCCUUAUAUGGCGCUGAUGGUGAACCCCUCAUUUCCCUCUCUGGUGCCACUGACACCUGAGGAGUUAAUGAAGUUAAAGAGGCUCAUCUCAAGCUCCUCAUGAAUAGAAUGGAACAGCAGGACAACAACCUGAUAAUUAAUAUAAAAUAUGAUGCACUCUGGACGAAAAGCUGUUAAAUGUCAACAUUGACAUUGGACACUUAAAAAGCCCUCAUUACUGUUCAAAAUCAAGAGACAAUGUAGCACUACUGUUGACUAACUUUUUUAAGUACUUCAGAAUAUGAAUUUAGUCCUUUAAUCUUCGGUGUUUUUAUCAUUUGAAGCUUGCUAACAAUGUAUUGUGUACUGGAGUGGAAAAAAAUGCCCUUCAUCUCAGCGGUUUGUUUUGAACAUGAAGUAGCAUCGAGAAGAAAAAAAAUGUAGCCUGAUAAUGACAGUAAAAAAACUUGAAACUAAUUACAAAAGUUUACUACCCAGACAGCAAAGGGACAUUCUAUUGAGUUCUUACUUGUAAUUUUGUUGAGAUUUGUGACUUGUACAUUUUUUAAAAGAAUUGUUGAGAGUUGUUGUUAUGCCAGUCAUUCUUAUUGUUAUGCCACAAAUUCUUAUUUUCAAUGACAGCCUAGGAACAGUGGGUUAACUGCCUUGUUCAGUGGCAGAACAACAGAUUUCUACCUUGUCAGCUCAGGGAUUCGAUCUUGCAACCUUUUUGUUACUAGUCCAACGCUCUAACCACAAGGCUACCUGCUGUUUUUGAGGAGAAACAAUUAUAUAAAAUAUAAAAGUUACACUUUAUUCUGAAUUUGUGAAUGUUUUUGUAUAUAUAUAUAUAUAUAUAUAUAUAUGUCAUAUCUUCUUCCUAUUCUUAUUUUACCAUGAGUAAUGUUGGAGUCUUUUAAUCCUUUUCAAGUUUACACAUUUUUCACACAAUAAACAUUCCGAUGUUUUAUCAAA